GCGACCAUGCCCAGGAAGAAGGCGGCGGCGGCGGCCUGGGAGGAGCCGAGCUCGGGCAACGGCACGGCCCGCGCCGGGCCCAGGAAGCGCGGCGGCCCGGCGGGCAGGAAGCGCGAGCGGCCCGAGCGCUGCAGUAGCAGCAGCGGCGGCGGCAGCAGCGGCGACGAGGACGGCCUGGAGCUCGACGGGGCCCCCGGCGGGGGCAAGCGCCCGGCGCGGCCGGCGGCGGCGGGCAAGGCUGGCGGCGCGGCCGUGGUCAUCACCGAGCCCGAGCACACCAAGGAGCGCGUCAAACUUGAAGGGUCAAAGUGCAAAGGGCAGCUUUUGAUUUUUGGGGCAACCAACUGGGACUUGAUUGGUCGAAAAGAAGUGCCUAAACAGCAAGCUGCUUACCGCAAUCUCGGGCAGAAUCUGUGGGGGCCCCACAGGUAUGGGUGCCUGGCGGGGGUCCGGGUGCGGACGGUGGUCUCUGGCUCGUGUGCUGCGCACAGCCUCCUCAUCACCACGGAAGGGAAGCUGUGGAGCUGGGGGCGAAAUGAGAAGGGGCAGCUGGGACACGGCGACACCAAGAGAGUGGAAGCCCCCAGACUCAUCGAGGGUCUCAGCCACGAAGUGAUCGUGUCGGCAGCAUGUGGGCGGAACCACACCCUGGCCUUGACGGACACGGGCUCCGUGUUUGCAUUUGGGGAGAACAAGAUGGGGCAGCUGGGCCUCGGCAACCAGACAGAUGCCGUCCCCAGCCCCGCGCAGAUAAUGUACAACGGCCAGCCAAUUACCAAAAUGGCCUGUGGGGCUGAAUUCAGUAUGAUAAUGGACUGCAAAGGGAACCUCUAUUCCUUUGGGUGCCCUGAAUAUGGUCAGCUGGGACACAACUCCGAUGGGAAGUUCAUCGCCCGGGCGCAGCGGAUAGAGUACGACUGUGAGCUGGUACCCCGGCGAGUGGCCAUCUUCAUCGAGAAGACGAAAGAUGGGCAGAUUCUGCCGGUACCGAACGUGGUUGUGCGAGAUGUGGCCUGUGGCGCUAACCACACACUGGUCCUGGACUCCCAGAAGCGAGUCUUCUCCUGGGGCUUCGGUGGCUAUGGCCGGCUGGGCCACGCAGAGCAGAAGGACGAGAUGGUCCCUCGCCUGGUGAAGCUGUUUGACUUCCCUGGGCGUGGGGCGUCCCAGAUCUACGCUGGUUACACCUGCUCCUUUGCCGUCAGUGAAGUAGGUGGUCUGUUUUUCUGGGGGGCCACCAACACCUCCCGUGAGUCUACCAUGUACCCGAAAGCAGUACAGGACCUCUGUGGCUGGAGAAUCCGGAGCCUGGCUUGCGGGAAGAGCAGCAUCAUCGUGGCUGCAGACGAGAGCACCAUCAGCUGGGGCCCAUCGCCAACCUUCGGGGAACUGGGCUACGGGGACCACAAGCCCAAGUCUUCCACUGCAGCCCAAGAGGUGAAGACUCUGGAUGGCAUCUUCUCGGAGCAGGUCGCCAUGGGCUACUCACACUCCUUGGUGAUAGCGAGAGAUGAAAGCGAGACCGAGAAAGAGAAGAUCAAGAAACUGCCAGAAUACAACCCCCGAACCCUCUGAUGCUCCUGGAGACUCCUCCGAUCCCACCUCUCGCGGCAGCUGUCAUUUCCAUGUGCACUGGGACGUGAAGUCAAACGAGGAAUUUCAAAAAGCAAAAGUUGACCGAAGGUGCAUUUUUGUUAGACUCCCCGAGGUUCCGUUUUAUAAGUGAUCCAACGUUAACUACCUUUUUCUGUAUGCUUUCCAAAGUAUGUUUUUUUCUCUUAAUGUUUAAUUAAAAUAUUUGCUCAUAGUUGACUUACCAUUCCUACAAAAAAGGCAGAAACUUUGAGCAAUCUAGGUUUUUUUCCUCCUCCUAAAUACGCUUCCCAAAACAUCCGUUUCCAGUCGUGAUUAGCAUUGUGACCCGAGUGGGUGCUGCGUGGAAGAGGAAUCGCCGUUUGCUCAGAAAAGAUGUCCUUACAGGAACCAGCAGCAUCCAGGCAAAGACGGUCCGUGGGGUCAUCUCCAUCCGAAACCACGCUUGCGUCUUUGGAGCACCCGGGUCACUCCUUGCCCGCUUUUUCUUGCAGACCGGCUUGUUCUGUUUUUCCCCCGGCUGCUUGCGAGGCCCGAGGCCUUCUGGCUGCACCGUGAAUAGAAUCUGCCGUUUCCCCCCUGGUGGGGGUUUGGGGUCUGUGUUUAGCCAUUUUUAUCUACUUUAGGUAUAAAAGCAGCCCAGAUGAAAAUCAGGUGACCAUGGAACCAUGGGACUUGGGGGUGGGGCAGAGGUGGGAGCAUUUGUAUCUGUUGAUGGCUCCCUGUGGAGCCCGGGCCGGCACUAGCACUCACCAGGUAGAGAUUGAUCAGCCAGCAGUGAGAAGUGCUUUCUCCAGUCCCUGCGAAGAAGGAUCAGCCCUUUGUCGUACCAGCCUUUAUCGCCUUUGUGCUUCGGUCUGUCUUUCUCUUACCCCCACGCCCCCAACUCCUGGGUCCUGCCUGCAACGGGCGGUCCUGUUUCUGAGACUUGGGAUCCAUUCUGCUAACCCAGCUCUCUUUAGUCGCAUUUGCUUGGCUCCGGUACCAAAUAGUUGGGAUUACUGAAGAAGUCCCCCGUCCCUGCGUGUCAGCGCCGAUGCCGUGACUGCCACCCGCUUCCCGUCAAGUGCCCUCUGCCCGAGCUCGCCACCGACGUGCGCUGCGCUGCGUGAGUUACGAGGUGCCUUUCCCGGAACCCUCCGCUCACUUGGACCCAAGAGAGGUGACAGCUCUGGCUGGGGCUCUUGGUUUCCAGAGGGUCUGGACUGGUUUGGGUGCUUUAAAAUAGAUUUUUAGUUCAGUGGUGCUUAUGGGGGAGGUGGGGAUAGAACUUAAGUGUGAGACUUGGGUGGAUGGGAAAGUUAAAUAUUGGUCUCUUCGAUUUUCUUUGCUUUUGCUAUUGUUGUUACCAUUUGUCAUUGUAUCGAUGUUAAAAUGCCAAAAAUGAUCUAGUUGUUGCUUUUUUCUCUAUCUUCCACCCCCUUCUCUCCUUACGGUGACUUCUGCCCUUACAGGGCGCGUAACCGUAUCUGUCCUGGCCAGUUCCAAGGCCUUGCGGGAGGAGACAGGCCUGCAUUUUCUAAGAGUUAGUCUGAUUUCAUGCUCAUCUCUCUGUCCUGUGUUCAGUCAGUAGUCCAGGGGAGAAGCUUGUGCAACUUCAGAGCUUCUGCUAAACUAACCCAAUUUGUCCAAAUCACUCUAAAAUCACCGUCUCUGACUCAAGCUUCCAUGUGACAACCUAAUCAGUUUCCCUGCUUAGGCCUCUUUCCUUGCACGAAGCUCAGGCAUCUGCGCUCUUUGUACCCUCGGGUGGUGUGGUCGCCAAGGGGGUUGAGGAGGCAGCACCCUGGGUCCUGGCCUUCGCAGGAGGUGCCCUGGGCAGAGCUGGGCUUAGGGCCUCUGUGGACUUACCGAAAACCAGCCUCAGCCUCUUCGGGAACCCUUGCCAGGGACUGGAGAAGGAAAGGGACCUUCUAAGUGAA